AUGUUCAAGUCCGCCACCGUCCUCGCUACCCUCGCUCUCAUUGUUUCCCCCGUCUUGGCCGCCGACUACAGGGUGUUGGUCAACAAGCCUGAUUGCCAGACUGUCGAUCAAUUCAAAUUCAACUACGAAACCCUUUGCCCCGUCUUCGACGUCGGAUCUAACAACACAUUCAAAGGCGUCUUGGUCGAAGCCGGGGACUUUUCUGGAGACAACAACGAUACUCAAGCCCGUGUAUACUGCACCUGGACUAACGUUACGGAUGGUUCCACCUACACCCUCUCCAACGACGUCGCCAUCUCUCUCGGUGGAUCCAAGGCGUGA